AUGAAUACGGAUCUUGAAGGUCUUUUGGAAUUUCUUCUUUAUAUUGGUCAAGCAAAACGAACAUUUCGUACGGGUUGGAUAAUACGUGGCGUCGAAAAAGUUGAAAGUGUUGCUGAUCAUAUGUAUCGAAUGGCAGUUAUGUCACUUUUAUUACCAACAAUAUCUGAAGAAUCAAAAGUUCGUUGUAUGAAAUUAGCACUUGUUCAUGAUUUAGCUGAAUCAGUUGUUGGAGAUUUAACUGAAUUUGAUGGUGUACCUAAAACAGAAAAACGUCGACGAGAAACUGAAGCAAUGCUUUAUUUAACAAGUUUAUUACCAGCUGAUGUUGGUAGAGAAAUAUUUUCAUUAUUUAAUGAAUAUGCUGAUCAAAAAACAAUUGAAGCUAAACUUGUUAAAGAUUUAGAUAUAUUUGAUAUGCUUUUACAAGCUUAUGAAUAUGAAAAACUUCAAUCUGAAGGUGAAUUUUUAGAAGAUUUUUUUUCGGGUUCUGCACACAAUAUAAAAACAACAAUAGUUCGACAAUGGCUUAAUCAAUUAAUUGAAUGUCGAUCAUCUGGAAAACAAUAUCAAUUACCAUCAGAUUCAAAUCUUAAUACAAUGCUUAAACAUAUUCUUUAUGAUGAUCAAGGAACAUUUUUAUACAAUUUUCCAUCGUCUGAUCUUCGUUCAAAAUCACAUCGUCUUAUAUCAAAUAAAAAUAAACUCGAUAGAUCAACAUCAUCACCUAUAGAUACAACUCAACGUCUGACGAAUCUUGUCAAAGGCUUAAAACAUCAUUAUAAUUAA